AUGGCUGCGCCCUUGCAGAAGUGCUGAAGCAGUGCCUCUCCGGAGAAACUCUCGGGAUUACGUGGGAUUUCCGCGAGCACCGUCGCGCCAAACCAGCUCCGAGGGUCGCUGGCUUGUAGAAGGAGACCGCAGGAGCCCAGUCGUCGAUAAGAACGACCGGGGCUUCGCGUGGCUGUGGCAGACUGUCCGUGUGAAGAUGGGCCUCGUCUCCAGCCCCUUCCCAUAGCGAAGAGCCGUGGGGAGAGGAGCCGCGGAUUCCCCUGCAAACACGCACCCGUCCAGCUCGGCUUUGACGGCUUUGACAUUCUCUACCGGCUGUGGACGCUGCCCUACAACUUUCUCACCAGGAUUGUUUGUGCCACAGUGUCCGUCAUCGUCCGCAGGAGCAGAGGUUCCUCAGCCCGGGUAGAUAACCCCACAGCACCGAGGGCCCUGAUGAAGAUGGACUCAGACUUGCUUCAUUCCCCAGCGGUUGGCCUCGCUGAGGAAGAGGAGGCCGACAUGAAUGACUGGAAGCUUCCCUUGGCCUUCAUGAAGAAACGCCACUCGGAGAAGAUCGAGGGCUCCAAGGCCUUAGCGCAGAGCUGGAGGAUGAAGGACAGGAUGAAGACGGUGAGUGUAGCGCUGGUUUUGUGUCUCAAUGUUGGAGUGGACCCCCCCGAUGUGGUCAAGACCUCACCCUGCGCAAGACUGGAGUGCUGGAUAGAUCCUCUGUCGAUGAGUCCACAGAAAGCUCUGGAGACCAUCGGGGCCAACCUGCAGAAGCAAUAUGAAAACUGGCAACCCAGGGCACGUUACAAACAGAGUCUGGACCCCACAGUGGAUGAGGUGAAGAAGCUUUGCACGUCACUGAGGCGUAACGCCAAGGAGGAGCGAGUCCUCUUCCACUACAACGGUCACGGGGUGCCACGACCUACAGUCAACGGGGAGAUCUGGGUCUUCAAUAAGAACUACACCCAGUACAUCCCGCUGUCCAUCUACGACCUGCAGACGUGGAUGGGGAGCCCGUCCAUUUUCGUCUACGAUUGCUCCAAUGCUGGAAUCAUCGUCAAGUCGUUUAAACAGUUCGCCCUGCAGAGAGAGCAGGAACUGGAGGUGGCAGCCAUCAACCCCAGCCACCCACUCGCCCAGAUGCCGCUGCCCCCUUCUAUGAAGAACUGCAUCCAGCUGGCAGCCUGCGAGGCCAGCGAGCUGCUGCCCAUGAACCCUGACCUCCCCGCUGACCUGUUCACUUCCUGCCUCACCACGCCCAUCAAGAUUGCGCUACGAUGGUUUUGUAUGCAGAAGAGUGCCAAAUUGGUGCCAGGGGUGACGUUGGACCUCAUUGAGAAGAUCCCUGGCAGGCUCAACGACAGACGCACUCCCCUUGGAGAGCUUAACUGGAUCUUCACAGCCAUCACCGACACAAUCGCCUGGAAUGUUCUGCCUAGAGAUUUGUUCCAGAAGUUGUUUCGUCAGGACCUGUUGGUGGCCAGCUUGUUCCGAAACUUCCUGUUAGCAGAGAGGAUAAUGAGGUCAUACAACUGCACGCCGGUCAGCAGUCCGCGCCUGCCCCCUACAUACAUGCACGCCAUGUGGCAAGCGUGGGACCUGGCUGUGGAUAUCUGCCUCUCUCAGCUGCCCACCAUCAUCGAGGAGGGCACCGCCUUCAGACACAGUCCUUUCUUUGCGGAGCAGCUGACAGCCUUUCAGGUCUGGUUGACGAUGGGUGUUGAGAACAGAAAUCCUCCUGAGCAGCUCCCAAUUGUUCUGCAGGUCCUCCUCAGUCAGGUGCAUCGGCUGCGGGCUCUGGACCUGCUAGGACGGUUUCUGGACCUGGGACCCUGGGCUGUCAGUCUGGCCCUGUCUGUAGGGAUCUUCCCCUACGUGUUAAAGCUGCUUCAGAGCUCAGCCAGAGAGUUGCGGCCACUGCUGGUUUUCAUCUGGGCUAAAAUCCUGGCUGUGGACAGUUCAUGUCAAGCAGACCUGGUAAAAGACAACGGACACAAGUACUUCCUGUCCGUUUUGGCCGACAGUUACAUGCCAGCUGAGCAUCGAACAAUGGCUGUCUUCAUACUGGCUGUUAUCGUCAACAGCUACAACACAGGACAGGAGGCCUGUCUGCAGGGCAAUCUGAUAGCCAACUGCCUGGAGCAGCUGUCAGACCCCCAUCCCUUGCUCCGUCAGUGGGUGGCCAUUUGCCUUGGUCGCAUAUGGCAGAACUUCGACCCGGCGCGCUGGUGUGGUGUCCGAGACAGCGCCCACGAGAAGCUCUACACCCUGUUGUCAGAUCCCAUCCCUGAGGUGAGAUGCGCAGCCGUCUUUGCUCUGGGGACGUUUGUGGGAAAUUCUGCUGAGAGGACAGAUCACUCAACCACCAUUGAUCACAACGUGGCCAUGAUGCUGGCCCAACUCAUCAAUGAUGGCAGCCCUGUGGUCCGCAAGGAGCUGGUUGUAGCACUGAGUCACCUGGUUGUCCAGUAUGAAAGCAACUUCUGUACAGUCGCCCUCCAGUUUAUAGAGGAAGAGAAGAACUACACAGUGCCCUCACCAGCUAACACCGCAGAACCCGGAAACCUGACUCCAGUGAGGGACAGCCCGGCCAUCCCACGCCUGCGAUCGGUCAACUCUUAUACCAACAUCCGAGCUGCUACCACUGCCCGCAACCUGAACAAGAGUCUGCAGAACCUCAACCUCAAUGAAGAGGGUGGACCAGCAGCUUUCUCUCCUGGUAACCUGAGCACCAGCAGCAGCGCCAGCAGCACCCUAGGGAGCCCGGACAAUGAUGAGUACAUCCUGUCCUUUGAAACCAUCGACAAAAUGCGACGGGUGUCCUCCUAUUCUUCCCUCAACUCUCUCAUAGGUGUCUCCUUCAACAGUGUUUACACUCAGAUCUGGAGAGUGCUGCUACAUCUUGCAGCAGACCCGUUUCCUGAGGUGUCGGACCUGGCCAUGAAGGUCCUCAACAGCAUAGCAUACAAGGCGACGAUGAACGCUCGACCCCAGAGGAUCCUGGACUCUGGCUCUCUCACCCAGUCUGCUCCAGCCAGUCCUACCAGCAAGGGCACGCACAUUCAUCAAGCCAGUGGGUCUCCUCCCAUGCCAAGCACCAGCAGCUCCAGUUUGACGAAUGAGGUGCCCAAACCCCCGGCAAGAGAGCAGCCAGCCACACGGCCCCCCUACACCCCAACACUGGGAGGACAAGCACCCCACUCCCACCAGUUUCCACGCACUCGCAAGAUGUUUGACAAGGGUCCAGAGCAGGCAGCUGAGGACGGUGACGAGCCGGGUGGUCACAGGAACUACAUCAGUGCUGCUCUCCAGACGGGCCUGUGUGAUUGGAGUGCAAAGUAUUUUGCUCAGCCCGUCAUGAAGAUCCCAGAGGAGCACGACCUGGAGAGCCAGGUGAGGAUGGAGCGACAGUGGAGGUUCCUGAGAAAUACUCGUGUGAGGAAACAGAGCCGAAUUAUCACGCAAAGAGGUCUCUCCCGUCUGGAUGAUCAAAUAUUCAUCAACCGUAACCCUGGAGUGCCGUCUGUCGUGAAGUUCCACCCCUUCAACACCUGCAUCGCUGUGGCCGACAAGGACAGCAUCUGUUUUUGGGACUGGGAGAAGGGAGAGAGGCUCGACUACUUCUACAACGGCAACCCUCGUUACACUCGCAUCACAGCCAUGGAGUACCUGAACGGACAUGACUGUUCGUUACUGCUCACAGCAACAGAUGAUGGAGCGUUACGCAUCUGGAAGAACUUUGCCGACCAGAAGAACCCAGAGAUGGUGACAGCUUGGCAGGGUCUUUCUGACAUGCUGCCCACUACCCGAGGUCAGCCCUCAGCCAGCACUCACAGUCUUGCCAGAAGGGUCUCCAUAUAUCUUGACAGGAGUAAGCAAGGAGGUGCAGGUAUGGUUGUGGACUGGGAGCAGGAGACAGGCCUCCUCAUGACGUCUGGAGACGUGCGAGUCAUCAGGAUCUGGGACACUGACCGGGAGAUGAAGGUCCAGGACAUCCCAACCGGAGCAGACAGCUGUGUGACCAGCCUGUCCUGUGACUCCAAGCGUUCACUAAUCGUUGCCGGUCUGGGUGACGGAUCUGUCCGUGUGUUCGACAGGAGGAUGGGUCCUAAUGAAUGCCGGGUGAUGACCUACAGGGAGCACGGAGCCUGGGUGGUCAAAGCUCAUAUACAGAAGGAGACAGAUGGGCAAAUUAUCAGUGUCAGUGUCAACGGAGAUGUUCGAUUCUUCGAGCCCCGGACACCAGACUCCAUCAACAUUCUGCAGACGGUGAAGGGGUUAACAGCUCUGGACAUCCAUCCACAGGCUAACCUGUUCGCCUGUGGAUCAAUGAACCAGUUCAUCGCUGUCUACAACGCUAACGGCGACGUGAUCAGCAACAUUAAAUACUACGACGGCUUCAUGGGACAAAGGAUCGGGGCCAUCAGCUGUUUAGCCUUCCAUCCCAACUGGCCGCACUUGGCCGUAGGCAGCAACGACUACUACAUGUCCAUCUACUCAGCAGAGAAGAGACUCAGAUAACACACCAGCAUUCAGCGCACCCCUCCCUCCCCACCAAAACCAACACAUAUGACUUCUGACCCCGAGCCUCCAGCUCUGGAUGUAAAUGACUUUUUUUUGUCGUUGUACAUAUGCAAUUACCACCCUGAAUGUUCUAGUGAUGGCUGCUGACAAAAACUGCUACGACUAUAUAUAUUAUUAUUAUUAUCAUUGUUUAAUCACAUUCUUAUAAUUAAGCUAAUGAUUGUAGACCUGGCUGUGCAGAGGAGUGCAUAUAUUUAAAUAGCAUAUACAGAAGAAGAGAGGAUCUAUUUUAAAGAAGUGGUACCCAGGGCUCCUCGUCGCCGCACAGCAAGCAUCCUUCCUGAACGAGCUGUGACCCCACAUCAGAUAUGGCGAGGGAGGGGUCUCCCAGAGGACGACACGGUUAAAACACAUUCACUGGUGCAGGAAACCCGGACUGCUGGACCCUGGUGUGUUUAUACAUUUAUUUUAAUGGCUGACCCGCAGCCAAACUACGCAGAGGUUUGCUGUAUUGCUGCACCGCCAGCUGGACAUUUGUAAGGACACAGAGAUGUUGGACUGCACUCAUUCUAUCCUGACACAUGGACCAGGAAGACAUGAUGAGUGUGU